AUGUUGGUUAGCUAUUUAGCUUUAUGUGUUACAAUCGUGCUGGUCAUGAAUGCGGCUGCAAUCCUGAUUCCCUUCGAUGACUUGACGGGUCUUUCAGGAAAGUAUCAACAAUGGCUUGAUUUGUUUCUCAAACCAUCCACAGACAUCUUUCAAAACACCAUUUCGUACUUCAAAUCCACAAGUAAUGAUGAUGUUUUACUUCAACCGUCAUUCUCAAGUUCACACCAGCCUAAAGCACAGUUUGAUUUUUCUCAAUUCGAAUCAUGGCUUGAGAAUCAACAAAACAUUUCGUUAUAUCGGAUUUUAGACAAUGUAAUUGCGUCACCAUCGACCUCAAAGAUCAUUAACAACAACAGAAAAAACAAAAGAAACAAAAAGAACGAUGUUGUAAAAAACGUACUAGUUGCUUCUCCUUCAAGAAACUCACCAGAUUACUUUUAUCAAUGGAUCCGUGACUCCGCCAUUACAAUAAAGACACUUAUGUAUGCUCUUCAAGAGAAUCCUGAGCACGAACUCAACACAACUAUCUUGGAUGUUGUUCAUUCAUAUGUUUGCAACAACUGGCAUUUGCAACGUACAAAAAACCCACUGGGCGGAUUUGACAUGAAUUCGGGUGAUAAUAAAGGGCUUGGCGAACCAAAAUUCAAUGUCGAUGGACUGGCAUUUGAACAAAAUUGGGGUCGCCCACAACGAGAUGGCCCAGCACUACGUACAUUAGCCAAUUUUCAAUACCUUCGAUUUCUCGAAGAAAAUGUAGGAAACUUUGACAUGGCAACCCCUUGGAUUUGUGAAACAAGUGGAGGUGACACUUAUGGCGACACUAAUGACGACACUGAUGGUGGUCAAGGUGUUUUUAAUGGAACAUGGGUUUAUCAUGAGAUCAUCAGGCCGGACUUGAAUUACAUUAUUCAAUACUGGAAUUGGACUGAUGGGUUUGAUCUAUGGGAAGAAAUGACAACUCCUCAUUUUUUCACUUUAAUGGUGCUGAUUCGCGCUGUGCGCGAUGCAGUAUAUUGGGCAUUACAUUUCAAUGACGUUGAUCUUGCUGAAACACUCCAAUCAGCAUAUGAUGCAAUGAAAAUUGGUAUUACAAGAGAUACGGCAAGCGGCGGACUUGGGUUUAUAAACUCUGAAGUGGACUAUUUAGUCGAGCACCCGGAAUUAUACAACCUGGGGCAGAGGACGGGGUUGGACAUUGCAACAAUAUUGGCAGUCAUGUAUACCCACGAGCACGAUGGUCAUCCUGAGCAAAAUUCACACCCAUCACUCAAUAAUGCCAUAAGAGACAUUCCUUUUAAUGCUACCAAUCACAAGAUUCUCAAUUCGCUUGCACAUUUGGUAGUAGAUAUGCAACAAAGAUUCCCCAUAAAUAAACAAUUUCAUUUCAUUCGUGGAAGUGGAGUGGCCUUGGGAAGAUACCCAGAAGAUGUUUAUGAUGGAGUGCAAACGUCAGUAGGCAAUCCGUGGUUUCUUGCUACAUCAGCCGCCGGGGAACUCGUGUAUCAGUUCAUCUAUGGAAUUGUGGAAAAUGAUGCUGAUUUGGUAAUUAACAAGGAAAAUCGCGCAUUUUUUCUUCCUUUCCUCUCAACAGAUUCGGAAAAGCAGAUAGAUGACAAUGUAAAGUUAGUCUUUGCAAGCCAAGAGUAUAACCUUAUGAUUCAAAAACUUAAGCAAUAUGCAGAUUCAUUUCUUGCAGUAGUGAAAUUCCAUACGGAUUCAGAGGGGCAUUUGAGUGAACAAUUUAAUCGCAAUAACGGAUACAUGCAAGGUGCUAAGGAUCUAACAUGGAGCUAUGGUGCUUUAUGGACUGCAGUUCGAUGGAGAACAAAGACAUUAAAUUUGUUGAACAAUAAAGGACUCAAUGUAUAG